CGGGCCGUCCUGGCAGCUGUGUAGUGCAUAUCGUAGAGUUAUUCCUCCGUUUAGAGCAAAAUAUAAAAUUAGAUCAAUGAAUAAUAGUAUAAUCUUGUUUAGAAUUGUGUUCUGGUGAAUCCGGUGUCGUUCAACACCGCGGAGAGUUGUAGUCUGACUUAUAGUCUGGUGUUGGUUUUAUCGUCCUUCCAGUUCCUUGGCUGCCUAGGAGAAAACUGAAAAGUUUGAAGUGGGCGGGAACAGCGUCAUCUGUAUACAGCUCAGGAUUAAACAUCUGCUGCUUAGACCUAUAAAAGAACACGUCGUCCAUGAAUACUUCAGAAUUUCUCCAGGCUGGGAAGCCGGUCCGACGGUCCACAGCAGGCACACAUCUUUCCAUUGGCCCAGGGAAUCAUGGAAAGCUGCUAUUAAAAGGAGAUGGUCAGAAUGAGUUCCAGUCACAUGCCUCAAGUAGGAGGUCUUCAGGAAAUGAGCAAAAACUGGCGAAACUUCAGGAGGAAAAUGAUCAAUUAAAGCAAGAACUAGAGGAUUUAAGAUUUCAGUACAGGAAUCUGAUUGAUGAGGGCAAGAACCAGAGCUUAGAUGAACGACGUGUCAAUCUCCUAAAGUCCCAGGUCUUGCAGCUGGAAAGACAGGUGAUGUUGCUGACAGAAGGGCUCAGCUCUAGAGCGUCUGUACUCCUUGAAUUUGGUGAUGCUUUACAAGCCGUUCUUGAUAAGCUGCAAUCUCUACUUACCAUUGAACACCGAACUCCUGAAGUACAAGUCAACAGAGUGGAAUUAAUCCGAAUGAUUGAGAUAUGCCAGUCCAUGCAAGACAAAUUGCGUCGGAAUCAUCAGUUACAUGCAGGGAGUGAGGAAAAGACAUCAUCCAGCCAUCUUCUGUGUCUAUGUACAACCAGCUUAGAAAAUCUUACUUUGCCAUGGAUAAUGUCUGUGAGACAAGCGACAAAAAAUCCAGUGAGUCUGUUGGAUCUUUGUUAUGGGAAAGUCGAUAACCUAAACCUUCUCUAUGUGAGUGCGCUUGAAGGGAAACUUAGCACAUUGUUCAGACACCUGCACGCUGUAAGACAAACAUUGAGCGUUAUUUUAGCCCCAGGAACAGAACCUGCACAAUCGGCACAUCACAUACUUCCAACAGUCACAUAUUCCAGGUUAAUGAAUCAUUUGACAAAUUGUAACCAGUCCUUGGAGGAAUGUUGCAGAGAUUUACUCACAAUGACCCUCAUUGUACCGUCUGCACCUUGGGCAAAAAUUGAGUGUUCUGUGAGUCAGGAAUUUACUGUGGAGAAUGUUCUUGCAGUACUGCCAGCAUUUCCCAAAGGUGCUCCUCAGCAGCGGGCAAAACGAGCGGCUGAAGCAUUAGUGAAAGCUGCCAAUUAUUCCCGGCUAAUGGCGAUGCAACAGAUCUAUGCUCUGGAAGCUGAGCUUGAUUUCCACAGGGAUAUUUACAACCUACAAGUUCAGUACACACAAGCUCUUUUCCAAGGAAUAAAAGAAGCCUAUCAUCAUUUUCAAGAAAAUGUUGUGACGGUUGUUUGUUCUCCACUGAAAGAUGUCCUUUCCUCCUAUGCUGACCUUAAAACCGAAGCUUCUGAAUCAUCAUUGAGAAAUUUCCUAAGAAUUUUUAAGAACAAUGCAGAACAGAUUCAAGACGCUGUUGACACCUUGACUCCAUCAACUUCACAGCAACAUGAAGGUGAAGAAGCAUUUUCUAAACUUGGGAAAGAAUUCUUUGUUUCUUUGGACAAUUCAGUUAAGAACUGUAGAGAAGAGAGAGAUCGGUCCAUUUUUGAAAUAGAAAAAUUAAGGCAGGAACUUAAUCAGGCAUUAGAUGCCAUCAGAAUGUUAAAAAUGGAAAGAAAGCAUAAGGGAAGUUCUUCCAAUGACCAGUCCUCAAAAUCUGAGGGUGAAAGUGCAGAUGGAAAAACACAGACUUCUGUUCAUCACACACAGAAAGAAGCAGAUAUACCAUCCCAACUUAAUGCCUUUGGAAGAAAAAACUCCCUCACAUCCCCAUCUACAGAGAAAGAAAUACCAGAGAGCCAACCUAAGCAAAAUCCAAGCUCAAGAACAGUUCGUCAUAGAAGCAAAAGCCUCCAGAGAAGCAAAAGUGUUAGGAUGCAGCCUUCUUGGCAGGUUUAAUCAUAUUAUUUAAUGAUAGUAAAAAUAUUAAGGUCAUUUUAUGUGCAAGUUGAACAAUCGAAUAUUUUCCAAACUGUGAAAAAGUGAACAUUACACCAUCGAGCAAUAUUGAUCAUUCUUGUAGCACGUGGUGGGUCAGUUAGAACAGAUUGAUUUUCUAUUAGAAUUUAUAUGUAUAUUAUGUUCUUUGUUGAUGUGAAGUGUAGAUCUGUGUCUAGUAUGCAUCUCCCUCCUUGCUGCUCAACAUUGUUAAAAGGGAACCUUACAGCAGCAUCACCGCACUUACUUGCUGGUAAAGGCGAUUAGCGAGAAUGACACCAAUUAUGGUCUUAUCUCUCUGUUUUUAUAUACAUUGCUUUGUACUUGAGAUAUGGCCCUAAAUGAUAUGUAAAUUAGCUCAUUUGGUGCACUCAAGGUGUUCCCUAGCCCCGAGGUGCACUGGUACAUGGAUAAGACUCGUCUAAGAAAUAUUCAUCACUUUACCCAUAAGCAUGUUGGCCCUUACGUGCUGGCAAAUCUCACAUUGAGAUCUCUAGCAUGGCCAGCCCAGAGCAUCACUGCACAUGCGCCUAUACCACACCACACUCCGAAACAUUAAGCACAGUGAGGGUAUUAUCCUGGAACCAGCCCGGUGGACAUACCUCAGGGCUAGAGAAAGCGUUAAAUGCAUCAAAGAAGCUUAAAGGGGUAGUCUGGCAAAAAGUAACGUAUCUCCCUAUCCACAGGAUUUCCUGAACAUGCUGUGGGUCUCUGGUACGUGUGCCGAUUAUAGAAAGCACACCGCACAUUCAUUCUCUAUGGGAGCACCGGAGAUACCAGAGUGCUGAACUCAAGCAUCUCCACUGCUCCCAUAGAAAAGAAUGGAGUGUGUGUUGUCAUGUAGCAUGCACUCCUCGCAGAGAGUCAGAGCCCGUUCUAUGGAUAGGGGACAAGUUGCUUUUCGCCGGAGCACCUCUUUAAUUACGGAAAAUCUUUUUAAGCCAUAUCUCGGGGAUGGAGAAAGAUAUAAGAGAAAAGUUAAGACCAUUGUUAUUGGCAUCACCCGCACUAUAAGCCUGUACACGCAGGUUAGUGCAGGUGGCAUUGUGGUCAGUUUUCCUUUAAAAUUGUUAAUGUAAACAUUUUAGCAAUAUUUAUUUAUGUUUCAAGUAUUUUUUUUGUGAACCAUUAAUGUUUACAAUGUAAUACUCAAAUUUUUAUUAAUUGAUAUCCUCAUCUCCUACAUUACAUGUGUCCACUGAGACAAAACAGGCAUAGUUUAGAAAUUGCAUAUAUUUUCGUAAGUAAUUUUUUUUUUAUAGUGAUAGUCUGUUUUUGUUUGUUUUUAUAGUGGUGGAUUGCAGAGCCUACAGAUUGUUUUUGUUCAGAGUGUCACUAUUCUUACAUUUUACCACCUGAUCUUACCUCAUGUACUGAAAGUAGCAGAUAGCACACAGGUCAAUAUACUUUCCAAAGCAACCAAUAUGAUGCUUAAAGGGGUACUCCGUUGCCCUGCUUCCGGAGCUCCGCUCCCCAGCGUCCAGAAGUUUAUUGUUCCGAACGCUGUGUGCGGGCUUCCGUGUUCAGGGCCGCCCCUCGUGACGUCAUGCCCGCCCCCCGCCCCCUCGUGACGUCAUGCCCGCCCCCUCAACGAGAGUCUAUGGGAAGGGGGCUCGACGGCCGUCACACCCAGAAGUACUGAAAGGAUUUUUUAAUAGAGGUAAUUUACAAAUCUGUUUAACUUUCUGGAGCCAGUUGAUAUAUAUAAAAAAGUUUUUUCCUGGAUAACCCCUUUAAGCUAGAGAACUUUUUGUUGCAAUUUAUUUGAUACUUCAUUCAUUUUAGUUUUUUAACCAAUGACUAUGUCAACGUUAAGCAGAGUACCCCUUUAAGACUCCAACACUGCUUUUAAUGAUGGCUGCAGGUAAUAUCGGUAUCUGUUUCUUUGUAUCCGUAAACUCACAUAAAGAUAUAAUGUAAUUUUAUCUUUACAGGUUUUUGGCCAAAAAAUGUAAUGAUGCUAAAAUUUGAAAAUUAGUUUGUUUGUUUUUUUCUACAAAAACAUUUGUAAAAAUCAAUAUCUGGUGCCUAAAUGGGAGUAAGGACAUACAAGCUGCUACUUUAAAAGUGAUAGCAAAAGAAAUCUUGGAAAAAAUUGUACAUAAAAUUAAGGUUUUCUAAUCUUUAAAAUGAUUUUUAUUUAUAGUUUUUAAUGAUUAAUAAAAAUAUUUAAAUGAU